GCGGCGGGAGGGAGGAGGUGGAUAUGUUUGAGACGAGUCUGCAGAGGUGGGGGUUGAGGAUGGAUUAUGAGGCGUGUUUGGCGUAUCUGCUAUUGCCGCCGGUGGGGGGUGUGCUGUUGUUGGUGUUGGAGCAUCGGAGUGAUUAUGUGAGGUUUCACGCAUGGCAGUCUAGCUUACUGUUUGCGUUCAUCUUUGUCAUCCACAUCAUAUUCUCCUGGACGAGCAUAAUAUCAUGGCUGCUAUUCGCCUGCGAUAUUGCUCUCAUAGGGUAUCUCACAUUCCGGGCGUACAAGGAUGCCGAGACCCUCGAUCGAUUCGAAGUCCCCUUCUUUGGACCCCUCGCCAGCUCGAUAUUAGAUGACGAGUGACACGGAGUCAAGUCUACGGCCUAUGUCAAGGGAAUGGCAUAGGAGUUUCUGAUGCAAUGUAUACUUCUCUGUACUAAACAGCAUGCAAGGCGUUUGGGAGGGUUGUUUGAAUACCCACUUCAUUGCAAUGGCUUUUGCACGGGUUCAUGUGGUGGUAGUUUCUUAAGUACAUUGUCGAGAGCCCCAUACAAGUACUUAAUUUAUAAUUUCCGUGUAUCAAGUGCUGGCUCUUUCGUGAUACUGU